AUGGUCAAGGAAUUCAGUCCACGAGGCGGAGGUGGAGGUUUCCGCGGUGGUGGCGGCGGCUUCAGAGGUGGUGACAGAGGAAGUGGUGGCGGUUUUCGUGGGCGAGGUGGAGACCGCGGCGGUGGUUUCCGUGGAGGUCGAGGUGGUGAUAGAGGUGGAUUUCGUGGAGGCCGAGGUGGUGAUCGCGGUGGAUUCGGCGGAAGAGGCUCACCUCGCGGAGGACGCGGCAGUCCUCGUGGACGAGGAUCACCACGAGGUGGGCGAGGUGGUGGCAUGCGUGGAGGAAAGACUGUCAUCGUUGAGCCUCAUCGAUACGAAGGUUAG